AUGUCUCCCACUGAAACAUACCCAGUGUACAAAGUCAAGUUCAAAUUAUCUAUCCAGGACCCCGACAUGCCAUCUCCUCGCCAUCACACCAUCCUCUUCGUCCAGACAAACGAGCGGCCAUGCAGUGGGAUAAAGCAUCACGUCACCGGUGACAUAGUCACGGGCAUGCAUUAUGAAUCGGUCGGAAUUGACGACCCAGCGAUCGAUGAUAAUUUUUUUUCAACCGAGCUCUUGGGACAUACCAGAAGUCUGAACUAUCCGAGAAAUUGGGAUGACAUCCUCAAGUCACUACCUGCACCUCCCAAACAGAAAGCCUUCAACAUCAACACGAUGAGAACAGAGCCCGUGAAGAGCUGGGAGCCUUUGGCCUUUUACGAAGCGGGUGAGGCUCGUCGGCCAUUGGUUAAGUGUACCGAGUGGAUUGACAGGCACGCUGUACCGACUUUGACCAACGCGGGGCUUAUUGAGUGCAGUCUCUAA